AUGGGACUAGGAUGCUUCGAGAAUGCAUAUCGUUUCAAACGAGCAAAGCAGCACAAUUUUGUUGGAAAGUUUGAUCUUGAGAAACACGGAAGAUUCAGUGAUGUUGUGCCCACACAAGUGGCUGCCAAUGAUGCUGAAGUUGAAACAGAAGUACUUGAUAUUGAUUCAGAAACAGACUCUAGUGAAGAAGAAACCGACUCAGAAAGCGAAGUGGAAGUAGUUAUGUCUGAGAAGGAAGAGGAAGCCGUUAGACAGCCAGUUCCAAUGUCUACUGAGAACUUAGCAGCAUUACUUAUAAGCCUUCAGGGUGGUGACGGAAACCCUCCAUCUGUCCAUACCUCUGUUGUUCAAGAUGAUAUUGCAGUUACAUCAGAAAUUGAAGCAAUUACUGAUGAUGUUGAACAAGCAGCUAGCAAGAAACAAAGAACUGACACUACACCCGAUCAUGACCUUUCUGGCCCUGUUUCCGAUCCAGAGCCCGCUAAGUCCAUUAAUCCACAGCCUGAUCCACAAUCUGAUGCUGCAUCAAAGAAAACAAGCACAGAGGAACCUGAUUUGUAUGAUUUCAACUUUGAUUUUAAAUCUACACCCUCACAACCAGGUAGCUCGAGUGGUGUUAGAGUUGAAACAGGAAGCUCUAGUGGAGCUGGAAAUACUGAGCAUGAUGAAGCAGCAUCCGGAUAUGCAACCGGUAAAAGACAAGUCAUCGAACAUAGUGAUAGCGACAGUGAUGAACAUGCAAACGUCGCAAGAUUGAAAUGUCGAGUGGUUGUAUUAGAAUAG